AUGUCGCUCCGAAUUAACAUCCCCCCUGCUACUCGAAUCUGUCUCGUCAGCCUUCUCACCCUCUCCUUGCUCUACAACAUUGCCAGAUGGCGACAAAUUGACACCACCGGCGGGACCCCGGCCACAUCUCCUCUCGUGCCCUACUUGACUCUCGUCCCCUCAUUUUUCUACUACUAUCCCUGGACAAUCGUCACAGCCACCUUCGUCGAACAGAAUAUAUUCACCGUCCUAUUAAAUGCCGCCACCGUAUUUUAUGGCGGCAAGUACCUUGAACGCGCGUGGGGCUCGCGCGAGUUCAGCAAGUUUAUCGCGGUCGUCGCCGUGAUCCCCUGCGUCGCUAUCAUUCCGAUCUACCUAACCUGGGGAGCAGUGGGAGGCUCUUCAAGCAGACCCCUCACCCAAAUCUGCGGCGGCGUCUCCAUUCAAGCCUCCUUCCUAGUCGCCUUCAAACAGCUCGUCCCAGAACACACCGUAACAAUCUUUAAAGGAAUAAUCAAGAUGCGCGUAAAGCAUUUCCCCGCCCUCUUCCUCCUCCUAAACACCAUCAGCGGCCUCGUCAUCGGAACACACACCGCCGCAGUCCUCUCCUGGCUCGGCAUCCUCGCCAGCUGGACCUACCUCCGCUUCUACAAACGCCAGCCCGACCUAACUGGUACCUCAAGCGGCACGGGCAUCAAAGGUGAUGCUAGCGAGACCUUCGCAUUCGCCUGUCUAUUCCCCGACGUCAUGCAGCCGCCUAUCGCAUUCGUCGCGGACCAAAUCUACGCUCUGCUGGUUACAGCUAAGCUCCUGACGCCCUUCUCCCAGGACGAUAUCGCCUCCGGUAAUGAGCUUGUGCUUGCAAGAGGCGAGGCGGGCUUGCCUACGCUACUGAACAACCAGCGUGGUGGGGCUAGGGGCGCGGCUAAGCGCGAGGAGGCGGAGCGCAGACGGGCUGUUGCGCUCAAGGCUUUGGAUCGCAGGUUGCAGGCUGCUACUGUUGGGCGUGUGCAGGCUCACCCGUCUGGUUUGGGGGAGCCGAGCUCAUCGAUGCCACGUCCUGCUACACCUACACCGGCUGCGCCUGUUGGUCAGAGUAUGCUGGGGGAAACGAGUUACAAUCCUGAUCAUGCUUGA